UGCCCUGCGAACUUACAAUGGCGCGCAACGAGGAAAAGGCGCAAUCCAUGCUCAAUCGCUUCCGGGCGCUGCAGCAGGCAGAGCUCAAAGGGCCAAAGCCCAAGCGACCGUUCUACGCCACAGACUGCAACUCGAUCGGCGAGGCCGAAAAGUGGCGCCUCGAAGUCAUGUCUGAAGUUAGCAAGAAGGUCUCACAGAUUCAGAAUGCCGCCCUCGGUGAAUUCAAGCUCCGAGACUUGAACGAUGAGAUCAACAAAUUGUUACGAGAAAAGCGACACUGGCAGGAUCGCAUCAUCGAGCUCGGUGGCAAAGAUUAUUUUAAAAUCGGGCCUCGAAUGCUCGAUCAUGAGGGCAAAGAGGUGCCCGGAGCCCGAGGCUACAAGUACUUUGGCGCUGCGAAAGAUUUGCCCGGUGUUCGCGAGCUGUUUGCUGCCGCCACAACGCAAACGACACGACGAACCCGCGCAGAGCUGCACAAGGAUGUGGACGCAGAUUACUAUGGCUAUCGAGAUGACGACGAUGGCACUCUGAUUCCGCUUGAACAAGAAGCAGAGGCACAAGCUAUCGCAGAGGCAGUGCAGCAAUGGGAGGCUAAAAACAACCAGCGCGCGACUGCAAUGGCGAUCGACAACGAAGACGACGACGACAACGACGACACAAACAUUUACAAGCAGGCAGUUGCAUCAGGCAGCAUGUUUGGAAAGGCAGGCGCAGAAGACGACGAGCUCGAUGGCGCCCUUGACUCAAGAAAGCCCGAGGUGUUUGUCGCCCACGUUGCUGUUCCGACGCAAGCAGACGUUGAAAAGCUGCUUGUGGAGCGCAAGAAGCAGGAAUUGUUGCAACGGUUUGCAGCGAAAUCAUAACAAGACUAGUCUUAUCCCCUUCAUCAAGUCCACAGCCUUUCGGCUUUGAGGAGUUUGUUGUUGAGUGAAGUGCAGGCUGUAAUAAUUUUGUUUUGUUUUUCCCAACGAAUUCAAGGUUUUCAUUGCCA